GAGAGAGAGAGAGAUUGGGAGAGAGUGAUUUGAAGUCUCUCUCCGCUCUCUCAGCUUUCCUGGUUACUCAGAUUCAAUGGGGCUCUAGCAUUAAGGAUUUCAAGCUGUAAACCUACAUAUAUUUAUUACCCGUCCCCGUUUUUUGUAUUUAAAUAUUGUACAUAAGAUAUAGAUAGCCUAACUUAUUAAAGAACAAGGUGGGUGUGCGUUUAAAGACGUCUCUUACGGCGCACCAAGUUUCUUUUUGGCUCGACCAUACUUUAUGUGAGAUAAAAAGCAUCUCUAAUUUGAAAUUGUCCUACCUUGUAGUAAAACUAAACCGGUUUGGAACAAAAACUUAGGAACUAUGGAUAUUCGGAAGAAGCGGAGGCCGUGGUACAUGGAGACCUCGCUCGUGCUCCUCCUGUGCGUAACUCUGGCGCAAGCAGAUCCAGUAAAUGUUUUGCGGGUGCUGCAGUUGCCUUCCCUUCCUGAAGGUGUUCAAAAGGUUCCUGGUUUCUGUACCUCACGCCGGGCCGGCACACCUGAUCAUGCCUACCGCAUCACCAAGAAAGCUCAGAUCUCUGCUCCCACCAAACAACUCUUCUCAGGACGUUUCCCGGAGAACUUCUCCAUCAUGACCUUGGUAAAGCCCAAAGCUGGUCUUCAGGCCUUCCUCCUGUCCAUCUACAAUGAGCAGGGUGUACAGCAGCUGGGUGUGGAGUUGGGUCGCUCGCCCAUCUUUCUUUACGAGGACCAAAAUCGCAAACCUGCCCCAGAAGAUUACCCACUGUUCCGAGGGCUCAACCUGGCAGACGGCAAGUGGCACCGCAUUGCCAUUUCUGUCCAGAAGAAGAAUGUUACACUGAUCCUGGACUGCAAAAAACGUAUAACCAAAGCUCUGCCUCGUAGCAACAACCCUAUCUUGGAUAACAAGGGCAUCACUGUCUUUGGGGCUCGUCUGCUGGACGAGGAGGUCUUCCAGGGUGACAUCCAGCAACUGCUGAUCGCAUCCAACCCUCAGGCUGCUUAUGACUUCUGUGAGCACUACAGCCCUGACUGUGACUCUCCGCUGCCCAAGGUUCAGUCCCAGGACCCAAACACCUAUGGCAGCAAGGCUAACAAUGGAAAAACCCCAACCAAACCUACUGCUGCUCCCAAAUCUGCAAAGCCAGGAGCUAAACCAGCUAAAGCCAAGCCUUCUUCAACAAACCCGACCCCAUCUGCCAAACUCGGCAAGGCCAAACCUAUCUUGCUCUCCAAAAUCACACCCACCAAAUCAGCACCCAAACCGAAAGCAACACCAGCUCCAAAGAAUGGCAACCAAAAGAAAGCCAGCGACAAUGGGGACAAAAAAAUAAAUAAUAAUGGCAAUAGUAAAGUAAAAGUCAAUGGAGAAGCUAAAGCUGGUAGCAGUGCCAAUGGGAAGGCGGCUAAUGGUAAUGGCAAAACAGUUGCAGACAAAAAGACGAACGGCAAUGGUGUGAAAACAGCAAAGACUGAAAAGGCAGCAGUGAGCAAAGUAACAAUAGUAAAGAAAUCAGAAACAGCCAAAAAGACCUCAGUAACCAAAACUGGGCCUAGCGAGGCUAAAGCCGUGAAAACUGAGAUUGUCAAAGCUAAAGCUAAUCCAGUCCCACCAAAGAAUAAAGUGACCAAAACUGUUGUAGAGAAGGUCAAAGUAGCAUCCGUCACUAAGAAACCUUUUGUUUACAAACCCGCACCUGCGCCUUUGCCCAAUCCUUCAAAGCCCAGGGUCCUGGAUGGCAAUAACUUCAAAUCGCUUUCCAAAAAUUUCCCGCCCUUCGGCAAGGCUGUUGUGAGCGGCACGAGCAUCUCUUCAGAAAUACCCAAGAAGAAACCAACCAAUCGUUAUCAACAGGAUGUAGAUCCUGCUUACUCAGAGGCUGACCACACCCCCACAGAGACUGAUUAUUAUGACCCAAUAGAAGAAGAGGCGGGGCCACAGCCAGAAAAAGAGCUCAAUGGAUAUGAAGAAACCAGUAACAAGGUUGAUGAGCCUGCGCCAGUCGAGGAUCUUGACAUGGCCAAGACAGGUGGUGAAGAGGUGUCUCAUACGCCAGACGAGCCCUUCACUGAUGAGUACAUAACAGGCGAUUUUGGAAUGAAGGAGUAUGACUAUUCCUACAAGGACUACAUCGAGCCCAUCUCUGAAACCAAGGCAGAAGACACCCUGGGUCCCGCCCUGUCCGCUGUGACAGAUGAGGGAGGUGCUUCUUUUCGAGCAACGAAAGGAGAGAAAGGAGAGCCUGCUGUCCUUGAACCUGGCAUGCUAAUUGAAGGACCACCUGGACCAGAAGGACCAGCAGGUCUCCCUGGCAAUGCAGGACCUAGUGGCCCACCUGGUUCUGUUGGUGAUCCUGGUGAAAGGGGUUUUCCUGGCAAGGCUGGUCUACCUGGAGCAGAUGGUGUCCCCGGACCUCCAGGAACUUCUGUCAUGCUUCCUUUCCGCUUUGGACAGAGUGGUGGCGAAAAAGGGCCCAGCGCCUCCGCACAGGAAGCCCAAGUACAGGCCAUUCUGUCUCAGGCCCGGAUUGCUCUGAAGGGUCCAUCUGGGCCAAUGGGCUAUACUGGCCGUCCUGGACCUAUGGGAUUGCCCGGAAGUCCUGGUUUUAAGGGAGAAGGCGGGGACCCUGGUCCACAGGGCCCAAGAGGUCCUCAAGGAAUGUCUGGUCCUCCUGGCAAAGCUGGUCGAAGGGGUCGUGCUGGUGCUGAUGGAGCAAGAGGAAUGCCAGGAGAAUCUGGAAUUAAGGGUGACCGUGGCUUUGAUGGCCUUCCUGGUUUGCCUGGUGAUAAGGGUUAUCGCGGUCAGACUGGUGCAAUGGGACCCCCAGGACCCCCUGGAGAAGACGGAGAGAGGGGAGAUGAUGGAGAGGUCGGACCCAGAGGUCUUCCAGGUGAACCGGGACCCCGUGGAUUGCUGGGGCCUAAAGGGCCCUCUGGACUUCCAGGACCUCCUGGUGUUCGUGGAAAUGAUGGUCCUCAUGGUCCAAAAGGAAACUUGGGACCACAAGGCGAGCCAGGUCCUCCAGGACAGCAGGGGGCACCAGGAACACAGGGAACGCCAGGACCACAGGGUGCUCUUGGACCACCAGGAGAGAAAGGACCCACAGGAAAGCCAGGUCUCCCAGGAAUGCCCGGAGCUGAUGGCCCUCCAGGUCAUCCAGGAAAAGAAGGGCCUGGUGGAACCAAAGGAAAUCAGGGUCCAAAUGGUCCUCAAGGAUCUAUCGGCUAUCCUGGCCCUCGGGGAAUAAAGGGAGCUCAAGGUAUCCGUGGACUUAAGGGUCAUAAGGGAGAGAAGGGAGAGGAUGGCUUCCCUGGAAUCAAAGGAGACUUUGGUGUGAAAGGAGAUAGAGGUGAGGUGGGAGUACCUGGCCCGAGAGGAGAGGACGGUCCUGAGGGCCCGAAGGGUCGUUUCGGCCCCCCUGGUGAGCUCGGUCCUAUUGGCCUGGUGGGAGAGAAGGGUAAACUUGGUGUGCCUGGACUUCCUGGAUAUCCUGGAAGACAAGGAAUCAAGGGCUCCCUUGGUUUCCCAGGAUUCCCAGGUUCAAAUGGUGAAAAAGGAUUAAGGGGUUUGGCUGGUAAAGCUGGCCCAAGAGGUCAAAGAGGUCCAACGGGUCCCAGAGGGCAAAGGGGCCCCCGAGGGUCAACAGGAAAAUCAGGUCCUAAGGGUGGCUCUGGAAGUGAUGGCCCACCUGGACCACCAGGAGAGAGAGGACUUACUGGACCACAAGGUGUAAAUGGAUUCCCUGGGCCAAAGGGACCGCCUGGACCCCCAGGAAAAGAUGGACUGCCUGGACACCCCGGACAAAGAGGCGAAGUUGGUUUCCAAGGCAAAACUGGACCACCUGGGCCACCAGGAGUUGUCGGACCACAGGGUCCAUCUGGUGAGACAGGUGCCUUGGGCGAGCGUGGCCAUCCCGGACCCCCAGGACCACCCGGUGAGCAAGGUCUGUCUGGCCCAUCUGGUAAAGAGGGAACCAAAGGAGAUCCUGGUCCCCCUGGUGGGCCAGGUAAAGAUGGACCACCUGGACUGAGAGGAUUCCCAGGAGAGAGAGGAUUACCAGGAACACCGGGCGGUGGUGGACUCAAAGGAGGUGAAGGCCCUGCAGGACCACCUGGACCCGCUGGAUCUCCUGGUGAGAGAGGACUUGCUGGUACCGCAGGCCCUAUUGGCCCACCCGGACGUCCUGGACCUCAGGGGCCUCCUGGAACUGCAGGAGAAAAGGGAGUGCCGGGUGAGAAAGGUCCAAUUGGUCCAGCUGGUCGUGAUGGCAUCCAAGGCCCGGCUGGUCUGCCAGGCCCUGCUGGACCUGCGGGUGUUGCUGGAGAGGAUGGAGAUAAGGGUGAGGUCGGAGAACCAGGACAAAAGGGAGGUAAAGGAUCCAAGGGUGAACAUGGUCCUCCUGGUCCACCUGGACCAAUGGGUCCUGUUGGACAGCCUGGUGCAGCUGGUGCUGAUGGUGAGACAGGUGCGAGAGGUCAACAAGGGCCAUUUGGUGCUAAAGGAGAUGAAGGAACCAGAGGAUUCCCUGGACCUCCAGGUCCCAUUGGACUGCAGGGGUUGCCUGGACCAUCAGGAGAAAAGGGAGAAGUUGGAGAUGUUGGGCCAUUGGGCCCUCCGGGUCCCCCAGGUCCACGUGGUCCAGCUGGUCCUAAUGGAGCUGAUGGUACUCAAGGUCCUCCAGGAGGUUUGGGUAAUCCAGGUCCCAUAGGAGAGAAGGGUGAGCCUGGUGAAUCUGGACCACCUGGUGUUGGCGGAGAGCCAGGAAAAGUGGGUCCGAGAGGAGAGCGUGGCGAGAAGGGAGAGGCUGGGCAGCCUGGCACAGCUGGUCCUCCUGGUGGAAAGGGACCUACUGGAGAUGAUGGACCCAAAGGAAAUCCUGGUCCUGUUGGUUUCCCCGGUGAUCCCGGCCCACCUGGUGAAGUUGGACCACGGGGCCAAGAUGGAGCAAAGGGAGACCGUGGAGAGAGCGGUGAACAAGGAGAAGCUGGGUCUCCUGGACCAACUGGUGAGAACGGACCACCCGGACCACCAGGAAAGAGAGGUCCUCCAGGAACAAGGGGACCAGAGGGCCGAGAGGGAGAAAAGGGAAGCAAGGGAGAUUCAGGUGCUCUUGGACCUCCAGGAAAGACUGGACCCGUAGGUCCACAGGGUCAGCCAGGAAAACCAGGAACUGAUGGUUUAAGAGGAUUACCUGGAUCAGUGGGUGAACAAGGUUCUCCAGGUCUUGCUGGUCAGAAGGGACCUAUUGGACCCAUGGGUCCUCCAGGUUUACCUGGUCUCCGUGGUGACCCAGGUUCUAAAGGUGAGAAGGGACAUCCAGGUAUGCUCGGUCUGAUUGGGCCUCCAGGUGAACAAGGAGAGAAAGGUGACAGAGGUCUGUCAGGACCCCAGGGAUCACAUGGCGCCAAGGGUGAAACGGGUAUACCUGGUGCAACUGGACCUCUCGGCCCUUCAGGUCCAGCUGGUAUGCCUGGUCCAAGGGGUAUCAAGGGAGCUAAAGGUGCCUCGGGUGGAGCUGGUCCUAAAGGAGAGAAAGGUGUACCAGGACAACCAGGACCACCUGGACCCCCUGGUGAAGUCAUCCAGCCCUUGCCUAUUCACAUCCCGAAGAGAUCCAAGCGCUCCAUCGAUGCCAGUAAGAUGUUUUCUGACACUGAGGCUGCUGACACCGCUGGCACAGAGUUCUUGACGGGUAAUGAAGGUAUGGAGGAGAUCUUUGGUUUGCUCAAUUCCCUGCGCCAGGAGAUCGAGAGCAUGCGAUUCCCAUUGGGAACGGAGGAAAGCCCGGCACGCACCUGUCAGGACCUCCAUCUCAGCCAGCCAGAACUGAAAGAUGGCGAGUAUUGGAUCGAUCCAAACCAGGGCUGCGCACGAGAUGCUUUCAAGGUCUUCUGCAACUUCACAGCGGGAGGAGAGACGUGCUUGUAUCCAAGCAAAUCAGUAGAGAACGUAAAAAUGGACUCUUGGUCGAAAGAGAAGCCUGGUUCCUGGUACAGUCAGUUUUCUAAUGGAAACAAGUUUACAUAUGUUGACGUGAGUGGAGAACCUGUGGGUGUCGUUCAGGUGGGCUUCUUGCGGUUGCUUAGCGUCCAGGCCCGUCAGAAUCUGACCUAUCAUUGCCAUCAUUCAGUAGCCUGGUCUGACCAAACCGCUAACAACGGUUACCAGAGGGCGCUUCACUUCCAGGGUGCCAAUGAUGAGGAGCUGAGCUAUGAGAGCAGUCCUUACAUCAAAGCCCUCAUCGACGGAUGCUCUUACCGUAAGGGAUAUGACAGGACAGUACUGGAGGUCAACACCCCUCAAGUGGAACAACUUCCUCUGCUGGACAUCAAGAUCUCAGACUUUGGGGAGAACAAUCAGAAAUUUGGUUUUGAAGUAGGACCCGUCUGUUUCCUGGGAUAAACACAA